CGUGUCGUCACUACACGCUGGUCCGGCUCUGGUGGCGCUGCCGGCCUGGAUCGCCACAUCCAGGUCUUUUAGGACGCCCGCCUCAUUUGUGACAUGGCGUUCCUCCCGGAGGCGGCCCUUAUCGAUCGUUUCUUGGCCAGCCUUCCGCUCGAGUACCACUACGAGCUAUGGCGGUACGAGUUCACAUCGGCCCCGCAGGCUUACGAGGCCGCCAGGGACCAUCAGCGGAUGCGGGCCCAUCUUCACCUUGCCUCCUCCUCCCAGCCACAGCCUACUGGUUACGCCUCCUCCUCCUCUCACGACACUUUCCAGCGUCGUUCCCCUUUCCGCGGUCGCCCCCGCCGUUCCGCGCAGCAAGGCCGCCACUUCUCGCGCCGCUUCAUCGCGCUCGAGUAUGGUAAGCAGGACGCUGGUGCCCCUCUGUCACCAGAGGGUGACCAAAGCGAUGACCUCGACCUUGGCGUGGCCUGUACACCUGCGCCCUCCUCUGUAGUGGGCUUCCCGACAUCUCCGUCGCGGUUCACCCCUCUCGCUAAUGGAGUUGAGGUAUCGCAGGACUUGACAGAGUGUACUCAGCCCUCUGUCGCAUUACCGUCUGCGCCUCCGCAGACCACCGUCUCCCCUCCUUCCCCACCGCGACUACCGACGCGUCGAGCCAUUCGCUCAGCCCAUUGCAGCGAGCAGCUUGCGACUCGCGAGGACGUUGUGUCUUCUCUUCUGGACUUGAGCAUGCUCCAGGCUCGUCAGGAGCGACUCACCCUCCAUGUCGCUGCCAUGCAUCGCCUUCUCACCAUCCUCUCUGACCCUGAUCGCACCCUCUCGAUCAUCCCAGUACGACUGGGGACUUCCACGAGGGUGUACUCAGCGCUGUGGGAUUUCGUUUCUCAGGGCGACUUAUUUCACCCCCGUGUGGUGAAAGAAGCCCGCUUACCUACGACCGCAUCUCCGACUCUCAUCUCCGUCACCCUAGGAGAUGACAAGACCCAGCGCUUCUUCGAUCAGACGGUCACCGACCUCCCUUUCUUCCUCACUCUCAAGCCGACUGAUCAUUCCCCGGCGUCUCGUCGCCACUGCUUCUCUGCACAUUUCGAUGUGAUGGAGACGGGGUACGACUUCAUUCCCGGCACUCCGUGGUCUCGUCGGUUCCGCAACACCGAGGCCGAUUGGGCGACGAACACUCUCGUUCUCAAAACGAAACAUGGCUUCUACGCCAAGCUGAGCAAGUGCCGCUUUGCCCAGCACAAAGUGGAUUUCUUAGGACACUACGUGUCUGACCAAGGUCUCCACAUGGACUACGCGAAGAUCACUGCUAUUGCGGAGUGGCCCGCCCCCACAUCCGCCAAGCAGCUUCGAAGCUUCCUAGGCCUGAUCAGCUACUAUAGUAAUUUCAUCCGGGGAUACGCUAGCACUCAGCUCCGCUUCUCCUCGUCUUACCAUCCUCAGACUGAUGGUCAGACCGAGAUCACGAACAGGACUCUCGGAAAUAUUCUCCAAAAGAUUGUUCGUGACGACCAGCAGUGGGAUCUCCUUGUUGCCCACGCGGAGAUGGCCUACAACCACGCCGUCUCGCCAGCCACGGGGAUGUCGCCUUAUUAUUGCGACCUCGGCUAUCACCCUCGUGUUCCCGCGGACUUCCUCCGACCGUCACAGAUGCACCCCGACACGAGUUGUCCCUCGCUGCAUGAUUGGGUUGCACACAUGACGUCGAUCAUGAAGACCGCACAUGAGCACAUAGCCGCUUCCCAGACUCGCAUGGCAGCACGUGCGAACCGAUUGAGGAUGGAUCAUCCAUUCAAAGUCGGUGAUGAUGUGCUUAUCGAUGCCUGCCACUUAGAGCUCGAAGCGGACAUGCUUCACAAGUUUCGGCCUCGCUUCUUUGGCCCAUGCCGCAUCCUCCAGGCCGUCAGUUCUAAUACGGCUUCUAGCCCGGUCAGCUUCCGUGUGAAGCUGCCCGACUACCUACGUCAGGCUCGUGUGCACGAUGUCUACCACGUCCUACCCUUCCAAAAUAAUUUUGGUGAUCUUGAGUUGGAGGAGAUCAAGGAGCAUCAUAGGCAAGCUAGAAAGGAGCACAUCGAACAGGAGGAGAAGAAGAGGGUUGAGGAGGAGAAAAGAGUGAAGGAAGAGGAAGAGAAUCGUAGAAAUCAAGAUUUCGUGCGGAAGAUGGAGGAAUUCAAGCUACAACUACGGGUCGAUUUGAAUGAAGAAUGGCGCAAGAAGAGCUCUGAAGCUGAGAAAGCCAUGACCGAGACUAAGAAGAAGACGCUGGAGGAGAUCAAGGAGCAUCAUAGGCAAGCUAGAAAGGAGCGCAUCGAACAGGAGAAGAAGAAGAGGGUUGAGGAGGAUAAAAGAGCGAAGGAAGAGGAAGAGAAUCGUAGAAAUCAAGAUUUUGUGCGGAAGAUGGAAGAAUUCAAGCUACAACUACGGGUCGAUUUGAAUGAAGAAUGGCGCAAGAAGAGCUCUGAAUCUGAGAAAGCCAUGACCAAGACUAAGAAGAAGACGGAUUCGAGUUCCCUGUCAAGUGGUUCCAGUGAUGAAAGGACGUGCGUGAAAGUGACAAGGGGAAAGGGGAAGUGGCGUAGUAGGGGGAAGUCGAAGCAAGGUAAGGGGAAGGAAAACAGGAAUUCACCGCCGAUGAAGGUCAUACCGAGAAAACACGAGACAGGCGAAUGCUCCAGGAGGGAGCGGGUCUUGGGGAAAGGGAGUGGGGUGCGGGAGACUGUAGCGGGUGGGAUGGAGAAAUCGGAGGAGGGGGAACCAAAGACACCGCUGACAGGGGGGUACAAAGGACUGUCAGGAGGAUGUUCGCAGAAGGGCUUAAUAGAUUAUUGCAUUUUUGCUCAUAAGAUCUACUCAGCUAAGAAAGCGCAUGCUCUGAGGAGGAUCUGCGAGAGGAGGGGUAUCAAGUACACAACGAAACCGGAAUUUGUGGAACAACUUGCGAGGCAGCAGGUGGAGUUAGCCUACGAAGGUUUCGAAGAGGGUAUGGGCAAAGGAGAGGAGACGUUGGGGGAGCAGGCUGCUUCGCCGAAAGCUGACGUCAACAGAAGUAAAACUGUGCAUGUUUCUCCGACGGCUCGAAGGCCAAGGGCCUAUCUCGCAACUCUGUCGUUUUACGACGAACAAGCUGAUAGGCUUGUAUCGUGCGGCGGGCCUCUUUACGGAGAAGAAGACCAAGCAGCUUUUGCAUCUCAGGAUCGACAGAGCGCUGCACAGGAAGACGGGCGCCAUGUACAGACUCGCUUUUCAGAGUUGUCAGGGGAUCUCGUGCCAGCGUUCGUACGUAACGCUAAGAACAUCACGAGGCUCGGACGAAGGCUACGGAACGAGGCAGUGUUGCAGGCUAUCCUAGAUGCGAUGAAGCAUCUGAAAGGGGACGUGGGGCGGGUGGAUCUGCUGCCAGGAUCUUUCUGUCACGGUUGUGGAGAGCAUCGAUCGCUGACGUGGACGGAUGAUGCGGUAAGAGACUGGGGAAAUAAAUUUGGAGGGCUAGUGCUUACUCAGAUUGACAGGAACAUCGAGGAUACGACAGUAUUUUGGCCAUGCCUGUAUAGGCACGGGUUCAGGAAGUUGUUUACUUGGAACACUAAUUACCGCACGGUGGGGAGUGCGGAUGAGGAGGCUGAGUUGCUGAAGAAGUACAAGGAUGAUUUUAGGGAAUGCGGGCUGGAGGGUAUCGAGAGGUGGAAGCCCGACGGAAGGUUAGGCUCUGCCUAUGUAAUUCCUAAACAUAAGGAUCUGGAACGAUGGAGACCCAUCGCUCCAGCCCCAGUGGAUCCGGCGCAGAAAAGAGUGGCGAGAGCUUUGCACACGCUACUAUACCGGCUGCCGGUUCACAAUUCCUUCUAUCUAAAUUUUAUUUCUGAGUUGGCGGAUCGGUUGAAGGUAACGACGGAGAGACUGAGGGCGAGGGGCUGCACUAAGGUGGAAGGACGCUGCUACGACAUUAAGGAGAUGUUCUCCCGGAUCCCACACUCAGCUAUCAUCAGUUCGGUGGAAUGCUUGCUGAGAGAAUACGUCGAUAGAGGUUGGAAGUGCGUGAAGGUUUCUUUUCGGGGGAAGGCUUGUGUGAUCAGCAAAACGAAGAGAAAACUGGAUGGUUAUGUCAAUAUUUGCCCUCCUGCUCUGCUCCAGGCGGUGCGUUAUAAUCUACAGCACUCUUCUAUCAAGUGUGGGGACAAGUUGAUGCAGCAGGUCUUUGGAAUCCGUAUGGGGAAGUCCACUAGUCCGAUCCUUCCCUCUAUCACUUGCGCCAUCUCUGAGAGGAACUUGCUUAAGACUCUGGGCAGCGACAGGCUGCUCGUUGGAGGAUGGAGGAUCAUGGAUGAUAUCUCCGUUAUUGUGGGCACUUCAAACGCGUCCAUUUGCUGUCUGGAUGAGAUUUUUAAAGCCUUUGAGCAAUGAUAUGAUACCAAUCUGGAGGUUAUCCGUAAGGACGAAUGCG